GAGAAAGAAAGAAUCUCAAGUUCUGGUUGGAUGUAAAACCCCAAAGUUGUCACUUUCUCAGUUGGCAACGGCAGAGAGCAAAAAAAAACUGGAUAUCUGCUGACAGUGACCCCUCUAUCCUUCACACAUAAACGACGUCGUACACCUCUUCUAUUGACUUCUUGUAAAUUGCAAUUUCUAAUCUCUUAUUUCUUCCAUUUUCUUUUUGUAAAGUAAUAAAAAAAACCCUUCUUUGCAAGAAUCUCUCCUGCUAAAUCUGCUCUCAUUUCUCUUCCCCUUGAUUUUAUCUCUUAGAAAAAGCAAAAAAAAGUAAAAAAAUCCCAUCUUUUUGACAAAACGCAGACAACUUAGUAUAAAACGACAUGCAAAACGGGAGUAGUAGCAGCAAUGGCGGCGGAGAAGGGCGGAAGGCGCUGUCAGAGGUGGUGGCGGACUGUGUAAGGCGGUGGUUUCAAGACACACUUAAAGAGGCCAAAGGUGGAGAUGUCAAUAUGCAAGUUCUUGUUAGUCAGAUGUACACUGCUGGAUAUGGUGUUCCUAAAGAUACACAAAAGGCAAAGGCAUGGAUGUCAAGGGCAUCUAGGGUGAGAUCAUCAGUCUGGAGAGUGAGUGAAAAGCAUCCUGGCUACAAUGCAAGUGAUUCAGAUUCUGAUGAAUUGAUGGGUGAUGCACGCUGACUAAGUUAUUAGACAUUGGUAACUAUGUGAGUCUUAACUACUUUGGCUAUAGCCUUCUAGUUAAGACUUCUCUAUAGGUAGAGAUAUUCCUUUUUGUAUUACUACUUGAAUGCACACUUUUCUGGUGAUGAUAUGUGAUAUAAUGGUAGUACAAUUUUAA